UGAAUAUCUGAUGACCAGCACACUUCCAAUCAGGUAGUAUUUCAUUGAGCAAUGGAUAAUAAUACAUCUUUGACAGCCAAAAUUAUCUCAGGCUCCCUUAUCUGAUCCUCUCUAUCUCCACCCCCUUUAACACCAAAGUCCGGACAUUCAGCAUUCAGUGUCUGAUUUCCCAAGAUUAACAUCCAGCAUGAACGGUUCUUCCCCUUCCACUCCUGAUAGUAUAAACAUCUGGCGCACUUGGGCCCUGACUGUGACUUAUGAAGCAGGGGAAUAUACCGAACAGAAAUUCAAGGCAGAGAAGACUGGAGGAGGCCCAGUCAUACCUUCCCCCAACCUAGACACUGAUCUGGUGAUGGCGUGCGAUCGCUUGGCUGAUGUACUCAUAAAGGCAUAUAAAAAUCCCAUUCAGAUGCAGGUGGAUAUUGCAAGAUAUAGCAAAUUGAUCUCCCCGAAGGACACCGGGCAUAAUGAACAGAGAGAGGCUAGGUUGCUUGAGAGGUGUCCUCCUGGCCAUGAAGGCAAAAGGUUGGUCGACGAACCUGCCACAAUUCUCGAUGCAUCCAGUGCCAUCAUCGCAUGGUACCUCCCAGACGCCCUGACCGACACCACCCAGAAGGAAAUCAGGGAAGCCACCAAUUUGCUCGCUCCAAGCCUCGAAAAAAGUGUAAGGGCUGAUGGCAAUUGGCGAACUAAUCAAAAGUGGUUCAACCGGGGCUCGGAAGAUGUUGGGGCAACUCCCGGAUGCAUCAAUUUAUCUCCGGCAUGGUUUCAACAGGGACACGAGAAUGUGUCCGAUCCGGAGGUAUCUGCAUCAUUGAAGGGACCUUCCUGCGAGAAUAUCCUCAAAGCCAUUUCAAGGCCAGCAGCCAUCGCGUCCGCGGCACUCAGAGUCAUGCAUCCUGAGCAGUACUGGGCAGGGUUGCGAACCUUGUCAAACCUAGGACAUAUAGCAGUAAGCAAGGAUCUGCCACAGAUGCCGGAGGCCCUGCAGUACUGGGCAUCGGUGUUUAACACCCUCUCCAUCAUUUCCAAUCGGGAAACCCCAAAUCAUCGAGACCAUUUGUCCAUUGCUGAAUGCUUCGACAUUCUCACCACCGUGGGGAACUAUUCUAAUGCUCGGAUGACAAUGCCAAGCCUUCAGCUGGAGUUCAAGAUUGUGAGACAUGGAGUUUAUGAUGUGGAAGGGGAUCGGAUUGCUUGGGCAUGGUAUAUGAGGGAUUCUGUUCACAUUUACGCUGGUGUUCCAUCAUGUGGAUGGGCUAGUGUGGAUGGUCCAUACAGUGUGUGAAAGAUCAAACAAAGAGCAUGCAUUGUGACCUAUAUACAUUCCAACAAAUGAAUACCAUGUACCAAUAGUUAUCUGGACCUCAAUACUCAAUUGUGAGCAUUUGCGAAGUGAUAU